CGUUAUGCCAGGCCUGGGUGUGGAGAAGCAUGGAAGCUUUCCAAGAUCCUAUUCUCCCAGUUCUUUUUAGGCCCUCCUGAUGUCUUCCUGGCCCUGGAACCUGGAGCGGCCCCAGGGUUCUCCUCCAUUCCACCCCCAGCAAGGCCCCUGUUGACUCACCUGUCCACUGCUUGUCUUCCCUGUGUCUUUCUCCAGGCAGACCUCAACACCAACAUCGAGGAUGAAGGCAGCUCCUUCUACGGGGUCUCCAGCCAGUACGAGAGUCCGGAGAACAUGAUAAUCACUUGUUCCACCAAGGUCUGCUCUUUCGGCAAGCAGGUGGUAGAGAAAGUGGAGACAGAGUAUGCCCACUAUGAGAACGGCCACUACUCAUACCGCAUUCAUCGGUCGCCGCUGUGCGAGUACAUGAUCAAUUUCAUCCACAAGCUGAAGCACCUGCCCGAGAAGUACAUGAUGAACAGCGUGCUGGAGAACUUCACCAUCCUGCAGGUGGUCACCAACAGAGACACGCAGGAGACGCUGCUGUGCAUUGCAUAUGUUUUUGAGGUGUCAGCCAGUGAGCACGGGGCUCAGCACCAUAUCUACCGGCUGGUGAAAGAAUAAGAGACUCAGGGAGCAGGGAGGGGGGAAGAGACGUCGUGUGUGCAGGGACACGGGGAGGGGAUCUGCAGGGGCCUGAAUUGCCAGGAGAGCCGAGAGGCCCUGACUCUUCCUAGCCAGGAACAAACUGUGCCUGAACCUGCAAUGCUCAACCCCAAAUAAACCCAAGAUGGUGUGUAUUUUCGGAGGACCUGAUCUGGCUGUCUGAGCCUCGGGAGGGACUGCGGGAGAAGGGGGGCAGACUGGGGAGCAGGCCAGAAGCAGCCCCAGAGAUCCCCCAUGGACUCACCCAGGAAUGUCGCCAGAUGCAAAGCUCCUGAUGGGAUGACUUCUCUGCUGCCACUCAAGCUGCUGGCCACGCCGGGAGGCCGGGGGCUGGGCUCGGGGGCUAGGCUCUCGGGCCCUGUUCUGUGCAUCCCCACGUGGGCCCCUGCAGGGACUUGUGCACAGUGUCCUGGCCACCUUUGGUGCCCUGGCCCCAGGACAGCGAACAGGGAGGCUCGGUCCAGCCCAGGGGUUGGGUUUGAGGUGUGGAGGUGACAGUUAUUGGAAAGGCUGGAAGGGCACACAGCCAGAACUCUCUAGAUAGUUUUCAUCCCUCCCCGGUGGGAGUGGAUUGCAUAGCCCAGAGCUUGAGACAGGGAGGCCGGGAGUGAUGGUGUGGAGGCCAGCCUGUGGAGUUUAGGUGCUGAGGCUGGUGUCACACAGUAUCCUUUGUGGGGGUGAAGGCCCGGAAAGUGGGUCAGAGGCCUGUAGUGGACCAGUGGUCUCUGAGACCACCUAGUUCUGAUGUUCUUUGAGUCCUACCUUGGGCUCCCUCCCAGCCAGGGUGCCUGCUAGGUGGUGACUGCCUAGGAGCCUGCCCGGGCUGUCCACUCCCUCCCCAGAGUAGUAGAGUCUGUGUGCCCUGUGCAUGGAGGAGGGGUGUGGAACCCACCCUGAGCCUCGAGGGAACCAGUGAAGGGUUCCUUGGUUUAUCUCUUGGGAGAACUGUAUGGGCUUAGGGUUUUGGUGGUCCUGGCUUCAGUCCUGGUAUUCCUAGCUGUCUGACCUUGGGCAAAUUUCUCCACCAGUCUGAGCCUUGGUGUCCUUUGCUUUCCGUAAAGGGGAGGGCAAUAGCACCUACCUUAGAAGGACUUAGUGAGAAAGAGAGCUAAUGUCUAUAAGUGCCUGGUGCAAGAUGCACUAAAUAAAUGUUGUUAUAAUUAGUUUAUCCUCCCCUCCCUCAGGGAGGCCUGGGUCUGGCUCUUUGCUGCCAUCUAGUGGCCCUCAUAUCACCCUUAAUGGGAACCACAGUUCCAGAAGCCUCGAGCAGAAGGGAACCAAGAUUCAACCUACAGGUGUUUACUUUGUGCCCAGCACUCAGGGAGAUAUAUGGGAAUAGAAAAGUGAGUAAGACAGCAUCUAGGAGGUGUUUAUGGAAUGGUGCUGAGGAUCAAGGGCUUGAGUCAGACAGCUAGGAUUGAAAUCCUGGCACUUGGCCACUGACUAGCUUUGUGGCCUUGGGGCAAGUUACUUAAUUUCACUGUGCCUCAGUUUCCCCAUCUGUAAAAUGGGUAUAAUAAGAGUACCUACCUCGUAUAUGUAGAGUGCCUAGAAUAGUGCCGAGCACAUAAAUGUGUUCGAUAAAUAUACAUUAUUAUUAAUAGCAGGGGCUUGCAGUCUAAAAACUCAGAUCAGAGAACUCCUAAGUGGGGUUGCCUGAUCCUCACGGAAACUGGAGUUCAGAGAUGGGAGACAGCAGGGUGUGGAAGAUACAGGGAGGAGGUUGCAAUGGAGAGGGGCUGCCCCUUAGAGGAUGGGCAGUGUUUAGAUAAGCAGAUGGGCCGAAGGCUGGCCAGCAUUCCAGAUGGGGAAAAGAAGCCAGCUAUCCGGUAUCCUGCCCUCACGGGCCAAGACUGCCUCUUCUCAUCAAAAAGCAACUUUAACCAAAGGCCUCUGGACUGCUGCUAGACCUCGUGCCAAGUUGCCUAACUCCACUGUAUGUGGGGGCUGGCUCUCAUCAAAAGACGUGUUGUGGAGGUGGGCGCGGGGUCUGGGAGGCCCUGAGCAGACGGCAUGUGCUCACAUGUCCAUGGGCGGGUUUGUGUAAGGCUCCCCCGCCCCUCCCCGGUCACUGUCACAACCCUCACCCUCGCUCCUUGCCUCUCCCCUCGGGCUGUUUGGAUAAGGGGAAUGAUGCCUACCCUUCUGGCUUGACGGUGAGCCUUCAGGCAGGUACUCAUGGAGGAUGUGUGAGCAGCCUCUCGGCCAUGGCGCACAUGCACAACUUAAGAUGAUCUUUUGCGUUACGGGUGGGAACGAGUCGGAGCAGAUGUCGGGGCCACGUGUGAGCUGUGCGUUUUCCCUUCUCUUCAGGAGCUGACCUCAGCAGCCUCAUGGAAAGUCAUGUACUUAGAGCUGUAAGGUCCAGACCAGUCAGCCACCAGUGCAGGUGUAGAUGCCUCCCCCCAUGGCCACCUGGCCCACCGCUCUCGAGGGUUUGUCUGGCACUGCCCUGCAUCUUCUGAAUUGGGUGCCCUUCCCUGCCUUUAGGCCUUGGCCCCACAUGUUCUCCCGGCCAGUCAUGCCCUGCCCUUUUCUCCUACUGGAGAACUGUUACUCAUGCUUCAAGGGCUGGUGUGCGGUCACCCCUCCUCAUGAGGAGGGGUUAGUCACACCUGCCCUUGGGUGGCAAAAGCCUUCCAUUCCUAACCCAGAACAUAGGGACCUCUGUCACCUCUUCUAAUCCUCAGCCAGUGGGUGCUGUCCCCAUUUGAAAGAUGCAGAAAAUGGGGCACAGAGAAGUGAACUAACUUGCUUAGAGUAUUAAUGUGUUUAUUCAUUCAGUUAGCAACUAUUUACUUAACUUCUGCUCUGUGCGGGCACUGGGGAGGUAUCACUGACCCAGACAGACGAGGUCCUCGGGGAGCUUAUGUUUCAUUGAGGAAGAAAACUAAGUGAGCAAGUAACAGGACAUGUAGACUGUGACAAGUGCUUUCAAGGCAGAGAGGGCUGCUGAUGUGAGAGUCACUGGUGAAGCCUCGCAAGCCCGGGGAAGGUGGGGGAAGGCAUUCUGAGCAGAGGCAGGGGAGGUAUGGGUUUGGGGCAGGUGCAGAGAGUGAGAGCUGUAUGGGCUAAGGUAUGGGGGCGACAGGGGCCAGAUCCUGCCCUGGGCCAGCUGUCCAGACCUGGGGGGCGAAGGGGGAGGGCAAAGAACUCAGCUCCCUCCCCAGCCCAGCACCCCCUUGCUUGGCAAGGACUUUGGGUUUUACUCCAUGUGAAGGGAGGUCCUGGAAGUGUUUGAAGCAAGGGAGUAAGUCUUUUUGAUCUUUAAUCUUUGAUUUUUUUAGAAAUGGACUCUGGGGCUGCUGGGGCCCACAGAGAAGCAUGUGUAAUUGUCUGCUCCUGAGUCUGUCUUUCCUCCUAGACUCAGCGUCUGUGGGUGCAGACUGUAGCUUCCUUGGUCUGUUACUUUCUGUAAACUAAACACCACGUCUGGAACAUGGCAGGUGCUCAGUAAACAUGCGCUCGUGCCGUUUGGGCCCGGGAGGUGAGUAAGGGCCCUGAGCCCACGAGGGUGACAGGUCUAGAGUUAGCAGGGGGCGUGGUUGAGAUGGGGACGUGGAAACAGACCGCUUGUCUUGACAGUGACUGAGCAGACUGCCUCAGUGGCCAUCAGUGAACGUCCAUGGAGUGGGGUGAGCACCCCACACGGAAGGACUUUAGGAUGCGUGUGCAUGCACCUGUGUAUGUGUGUGUAGAUACCAUCUCUGCCCUUUCAGGACUAAAACCAGUGGAGUGAGGAUCGAGGGGCGGCCAUGGCUCAGGCCCCUCAGACUGUGUGUGCUUAGUCCAUCAGCUGCUUCCUCUCCCCUGCCGCAGGUUUCGGAGGACAGUGGGCAGGUGCUGACCGGGCUGGAGGGAGGAGGCAGGCAGCUCAGAGAGGCAGGGCUGGGGGCGGCAGGGAGCUCCUGACGGCCCGCGGCGCUCGGCCUGGUGCAGGGCUCUGUGGGGUCAGCGGUGCUCACCUGGGCCAAACCGCACAGAGGGGGGUGUGAGAGCAGCAGUGUGUUUUACCUCGGGGGCAGGUGUAGCCAGUGGUUGCUGUGUCCCACCCCUGCUUACUUUAUCUGGUAUGUCAGCUCCAGAAAUGAAAGCAAGAAGCUUUCCCCCAAAGACUUCAAGCGAUAUAGGAGUCGUUCUUAAGAAGCCGAAUUGGCUGCUACUAAGUUAUGCGAUCUUGUGCAAAUAGCUCACCCCCUCAGACCUUCAGAACCCCACUUGGGAAAUGGGAAUAAAGUGGCUUUGACUUUAGGUUGCUGUUGGGAGAAAGGUGACAGCCCGAGCUCAAGGUGAGCACUCAGUGAAUGGUGGUAACUUAGGGCUGUUAAAACCUGCCCUGACUCUGCUCUUUCUACCCCUCUCACACUCACACACACACACUCAUGCACACGCAUGCUCACACUCAGACACACGCACACACACACACACACCAAGCUCUGCUGUCUCCGAGAGCCCACGAGGAGGCCCUGGGCUCUCACUUUUGUGGGAACUGUCCAGCAGGGACAGCGCUUAGACUUUCAUCCUCAGGUCUCAGAAAUGGGGGGAAGGAAGUGUUCUUAACUGAGAAAAUAACUUUGUGGCCCAUGAGGGGAAAGAGGCCCCCGGGAAGGGUCUCAAAAGGGAGCACGGAACAAAUGGUGGGCUAGGGCAGUGUGAAUAAGAGACUGUCUGGAAUUGGGAUUGGUUUACUUCCUGAGAGAGGAUGGGAGAGGUGGCCCAGCACCUUUGUAGAAGUCUGGAGCCCAGUUGGCGGGAAUGGCUAAAGGUCUUUUUAUUUUUAAGCUCAUGGAUGUCUAAUAUUCAAUUUCAAGUUUUUGUAUUUUUGCUAUGUAACCCCCCUUUGUUUCCCCACAUCUUCAGUAAAGUCUGCUACCUACACAAAG